AUGUCUCGGAAACGCUCACAUGGCACAUCGGCUCCAUCAUCGGCGGGGAGCGAUGCUGUUAGCCUGUUGGGCUCAGUCAAGGACGAGGCUCCAGAAGGCUGGGGAACCGACUCCUUCAAGGGGUGCCGCAUGUGCCGGCGGCUACGAACCACACCCAACCCCUUCGAUGUACCGGGGAAGCCGCUGCUGGCUUUCAAAAGCGAUCGGCACAGCUUGUGCCUGCCCUGCAUCGGGGUCUGUAGGAAGAAAGAUCCACAGAUUCUGACCGACAAGGAUAAGCGCAGCGCUUACCUGAAGAAGUUGGCCGAGGACGACGAAGCUUUCCAAUCCCACAGAAGCGAUUUGGAAUCUUACGAGAAGGGUGUCCAAGAGUCGAUGGCCAAACGGCGCAAACUGGGACAGCUCCUGCCGGAGGACCCGGAGAUUGAGCAGCCGAACAUUGUCGUGAAUCAGAACCAAGAGGGCGGCCUCGAAAUGAGACGGCUACUAGGUGUGCUGUGGCCUGUCGACCUCUUCGAGAAGUACGAAAACCGCAAGCCGAACCCGACGGAGAUAACGAAGAUUACCCAAGGCUCCGCGACUUUGGUUGGAGUGAUGCGCUCGCGUGAUAUGGGCAUGCCAGCUGGAACAACCGAGAUCUUUGACAUUCAGCGAUCCACUGCGUGCAAAGUGACAACCCUUGGCAGCUCCGACAAAGAAGCCUUUCAGGAUGAGGUGAAGAACCAGUGGGACCAGCUUCAGAGAGGCCACCGGUUGACUUCAUCGGCAUCGGAUGACGGAGCUGUUGCGCUCUCCUUCGAGAACAAGCGCAAAAAGGGGGCGGAUGAGUUCGACGACCUCUUCGCGUUCGACGCUGUGACGGUCACAGUGGGCGAGGAAGAAGAUACCAAGAACGUCACGGGCGGCCAGGGAAAGAACAGCAACAAGGGUGGUAAAGGGAGAAGGACAUCGGGUGCAAGCAAGGAAACCAAGGUGAAGGAGCUGCAAGCAGCGGAGAAGGUUGUGCUUGAUGGGGUCCACAUGCUGCAGAACAUGAAGGACGAGGGCAUCACAACCGUCAAAACCAAGCUCGUCUCAUCGCUGGUGGACAAGGUUGCGGGGAAGCUCACUCCGACGCUUGUGAAACUGUACACCUCAGGCUACGAGGAGGAUUGCCCUGGGAUGGUCGUUCUGGAGAAGCUCCGCACACUUCAGCGCAUGUUGAACAUUGGCAAGGACUUCGCUGCACUUGCGCAGAACCCGGAAGCCAGCGGCUUUGCCAUCCAGCAGAAAGCGCAGGAGCUACAGGACGCGAGCUCGGGAGAGGUGACGUUCCAAGUGAGCCCGAAGCUCCUGGAGAUGUGUCUCCAGCGGGAGGUGGAUCAAAAGGCGAAGGCCAAGGACUGGACGGGGGUCCUGGAUGUGAUCUUGUCAACAGGUGCCGGCUUGAAUGCCUGCAUCAUUUCCAAUGAGCUCAGCAGAGCCACCUUUCAAGAGCGUGAAGUGACGAGACUGGCGGCAUCGUUGCUUCGCGAGGACGGCAAGGUCGCGGAGAUGAAGGUUUUCGUCGAUGCGGUGUUGGCGUCCGACAUGAAGGGUGGAAUCACCCAGGAGUUGCAGCUCUUGCAGCCUAUGCUGAAGCCGAUGGAUCGGGCAGUGCCGGUAGAGCUUCUCGGGGCGAACAUAGAGAAGUUCAAGGGUGACAAAAGCUUGAAGCUCGCCAAGAUGGUGAACAACUUCUCCACGGGGAUCGCCAUUCUGGAAGAAGCUGCUGCCGCAAUAGAGCAGCGGGCAAAGGACACAUCCCUUACCAGUCGAGUGGCGAAGCUCGCGACGACAGCUGCAGAGUUGUGUGUUGCGGAUACAUCCCCGGAUGGCGACUUCAUGAGCUGUGCUGAGGCUGCUGAGAAGUUCGACGCAAUGGCGACCGAGUAUGGCGAGAUCACAACGAGUGGGAGCUUGCACUUUCUCGAGCAGCACAAAGAUGAGCUGUCUGCGGUGAAGAACAAACUUCAGGAGCUGAUCGCACAUGGCGAUGCCUUGGCGGACAAGAAAAGGCAGGAUAUGGUGCAGGAGUAUGCGGGUGCCAUUGUGGAUGCCUUCAACAAGACUGAUGAUGAAGUGGUGACCUCCUGCAAAAAGACCUGCGAUAAUGCCGUGGAAACCAUCCUGGAUUGGAAGAUCGAGCGAUUCGGCAACUUGCUGACUGAGGAGGAGAAACUGAGCCGAUCCACGGAGAUGAAGCCCUCCUUGGACUUCCUGCAUGCCUUGCAAAGCUCGAUUGCAGACCUGGUUUGGGCAGAGCCGGUGGAGUUCGAUUACAAGAAGCAGCCACUCGUCGACUUCGCGAACAUGCUUCCGGCAGAGUCAUCAACACCAACCUUGCUGUUGAAUACGCCUAGCUUCAAGCAAGUGAUAUGUGCCGCCGGCUCAAAGGUGGAGAUGAUGCUUGAGAAGUUCCUGGACAACUGCUUCAAGCCUUUCCUGGCCAACGAUCGAUUUGUCUCGUUGCUGCACUUCUGUGUUGCCUUUGGCGGAAGCGACAUUUCUGACGUGAACUUUUUGGGAGUUUGCCAUGAGAACCUCGACAUGGAUGCUCUCAAGACGGCCGCAGAACAGUGCAAGGGAAUGCUUGGUGCCUUGGUGAAAUGGUUGGGUCACCCCCUGCGGGUUCCAGGUUUGACUGUGACCGAUGAUCUGGACGGCGAAGAGUUGAUCGAGUUGGCGAACGACGAUGCUACGGACACUGCGGCUACGGCGAACUUGCCCGAUGAGAACACACAGGACCUGCCCGAUGAGGACACACUCAUGGCCGCCGUAGCUGCGGAGAACUUGCCCGGCGACAACACGCAGAACUUGCCCGAUGAGAACGCACAGAACUUGUCCGAUGAGAACACACAGGACCUGCCCGAUGAGGACACACUCAUGGCCGCCAUAGCUGCGGAGAACUUGCCCGGCGACAACACGCAGAACUUGCCCGAUGAGAACGCACAGAACUUGCCCGAUGAGAACACACAGGACCUGCCCGAUGAGGACACACUCAUGGCCGCCAUAGCUGCGGAGAACUUGCCUGGCGACAACACGCAGAACUUGCCCGAUGAGAACGCACAGAACUUGCCGAAUGAGAUCACACAGAAGUUGCCCGAUGAGGGCACACCUAUGGCCACCACGGCUGCGGAGAACUUGCCCGGUGACAGCACGCAGAACUUCCCCGGUGAGAACGCACAGAACUUGCCGGAUGAGAACACGCAGAAGUUGCCCGAUGAGGACACACCUAUGGCCGCCGCGGCUGCGGAGAACUUGCCCGGUGACAGCACGCAGAACUUCCCUGGUGAGAACGCACAGAUGCCGGAUGAGAACACACAGAAGUUGCCCGAUGACGACACACGUGUGGCCGCCGCGGCUGCGGAGAACUUGCCCUGUGACAGCACGCAGAACUUCCCUGGUGAGAACGCACAGAACUUGCCCCAUGAGAACACGCAGAAGUUGCCCGAUGAGGACACACCUAUGGCCGCCGAUGAGUCUCCGAUGGCCGUCGACGCUGCUGCGCAGAAGGGAGCCCAGACGUCCGUUCGUGCCCCGUUGUGGAUUCAGUGUCUCUUCCCCGUGUUUGGCCACGUGUCUGCUCGCAUCCAGACUUUGCAGCACAUUGGGGAGAAGAUUACCUUUCAGGACAUUGCUGCCGUUGCCCAUGCCGAUUUUACCGAGACGUGCCAAGCAUUCGUUGACGAUGCACUUUCUCUGCAUACUAUCGUGAACGAAUUCCGAGCUGGGUUGCAGCAGUUGGAGCUGACUGAUGAAGGACAGAAGGUUCUCUUUGGCGCUGCUGCGUGCAAGCAUCUGGAGUUCAGGAUGAAGAUGAAUGUGGAGGGCAUCGUGAUUGAGACGUGCAAGGCCAUCCAAAAGGUCGAAGCUGAGGCCACGGCCACCCUGGAGUCUGAUACCAUGCAGUUCGUUGCGACGGCUUUCGGGGAAGGAUGUGAUGACAAGGUCUUGCAGAAAGUGCUCCCAAUUUCCCAAUCCAAGGAAAGCAAAACCCUGCACCAGUGUGCAAAGAACUUCACGCUUCUGGAUCAGAUUGUCCCCAUGUUCCAGUCCUUGAAGCGAUCCGAGUUCAACCAGGACCCACACUCGGAUUUUUGA